AUGCAGAACGCUGGACUCGGUGACAAUCGUAGCCUCUUGCUCGCCUCGGAUCAUCGCUCAGCUAAUCGUGAUGACUCUUCUCUUGCCACUCCCUCUCCUUCUCAACCGCAUCUCCUCCUCAAGGAGACUUGGACUCUCAAUCCCAACGAGAUAGCGAUCUUCAACCCGACCAUCAAUAACGACGUCGAAACCUUUUGCCGCCGUAUCAAGCACGUGGCUGACAGUAGAGGCCAGCUCGCCGUUUGCGAAGUGCUUCAAUUGUGCUUGCGUUCUUAUGCUCUCGACUGGUACGUGAACCUCGACGACGUCGUCCUCGCUCAGCUUCGCGUGAGCACUGAAGCCUGGAUAAAUCAGCUUCGUUGCCGCUUCGGGAUGAGUCUCACCGAGGCUUUCAGCGCUCUGGUUCGCUCGCGCUACGACAUCACCAGUGACUAUGACGUGUAUCACGAACAAAAAAUCCGUCUGGCUCGCAUUGCUGGCAUCACUGCGCCGGCGCUGGUCGUCCAGCACCUUUUCGAAGGGCAAACCUGCGAAAAGCCUAGAUCCGCACUGUCCAUGAAGCCAUCCGGGUUUCAGCAGUGUGCGGCACAGGCCGACAACCAGAACGGCACCAUUGCCGACAAGAAGGCUACUGGACAACGUGCCUUACUGAUUGGCCAUUUCGUGCUCCCGCCCGCCCUUACCGACUUUGCAUUGCGCCGCACUAGAAUGUUGGUUGCCCAAAGUACGCGCAGCGUCCCUCAACCGCUGUGGACGUUCAUCAUGAUGACGCUGCCGAGUUCAACGAGGACGAUUUCGCCGAACUCGAAACCCAGUAUUUCGAGAGCGUACAAGCCGGUCAGUCCAUCGUCUGACCUCUAUCGUUUGGCAUUCAUUUACACAAUGCUUUCAACAAUCCGUCUCCACGCUCACUGA